UAAUCAGCUGUUGCACCGCGAUAACAACAUAAAAUAAAAGGGGAAAAAAUGAUUUUGUUUACUUAGUUUCUUCGACAAAAUUGAACUGCUGAGUUUGUCAAAAAUCUCGAAAAACAAAAACAAUCAGAGCUGAUAGCAACGCCAACACCCAGACUGGAGCUACAGUUAGCAACCAGUUAAAUUUACUAGGUUAGUUGCAACUAGAAGACGCUGGCAAGUAAAACAUAAAGCAGCUAAAAAAUGACUAAUUGGCGUGAAUUAUUUCCCACCAAACUGACCUUCAUCAUAUUUCUGUUGUAUAUGUCAUUAUUCAUUGGCCAAGGCAUAUUUGUGACCGCUUCGCAGGAUUCAAAUAACUCCUAUAGCUACAAUACCGUAACUGUUGUCCUGCUCACCGAAGUACUCAAAUUGUUCAUAUCUGCGUGCCUCUAUUGCAGAGAAAAUGAUUUCCGUUCACUGUUGCGGAAUGUGCACAAGGAUCGCAGCGUGUUGGGCCUUUAUAUGGUGCCCGCAUUUCUCUAUUGUCUCUACAAUAAUCUGGCCUUUGUUAAUCUGGCCACAUUCGAUCCGACAACGUAUUAUUUGCUACUCCAGCUAAGGGUCGUCGUCACCGGCAUUCUAUUCCAGAUCAUAUUCAAAAAGUAUUUGACACAGCGCCAAUGGAUCUCAUUGAUACUCCUAACACUCGGCUGCAUGUUAAAACAGGUGGAUUUGAAUCGAUUUUAUAAUGAUGCCAAUGAUGAUAGUGAAGCAGCUGCAAUCCAGGGAGUUGGAGCUGCUGCAACGAAUGUCACGCAAACAAAUGUCGCAAAAACGGUAGGCAAAAAUAUGACCGGAUUUGAUUUUAGUAUUAGUGCCGUUUUCAUACUGGCACAAACAAUUUGCUCUUGUCUUGCUGGCGUCUACAACGAGUAUCUGCUGAAGGAAAAAGGUGCCGAUGUGAAUAUCUUUGUGCAGAAUGUCUUUAUGUAUAUGGAUUCGAUUGUUUGCAAUGCGUUUAUUUUGCUGAUGCGUGGUGAACUUUUGGAUGCAUUUAGUGCUCACAAUUUGGGCAGCAUAAUGCGCUUCAGUGUAGUCAUCAUAAUUGUGAAUAAUGCUGCAAUUGGCAUUGUGACGAGUUUCUUUUUAAAGUAUAUGAACUCCAUACUGAAGACAUUUGCCAGCGCCUUGGAGCUGCUCUUUACGGCCGUCUUGUGUUAUUUCCUAUUUGCCAUACCGAUUUAUAUGAAUACUGCGCUGGCAAUCGCUGUUGUUUCGUAUGCCAUCUAUUUGUAUACACAGAGUCCGGUUGUCAAUCUCGGCAAAGUGCGUCCUUUAGCGAGCAUAUCCGAGGCGACCUCCAAUCAAAAGACUAAAGAGAAAGAAGACAGACACCGUCUGCUGAAUGAGCAAGGUGAUACAGAUCUGGAGAUGGAUAGUGUAGUCUAAAAACAUAUGUGUAUAUAUGUAUUUCAUAGUUGUAAGCUUCGUUUCUAUUUGUGUAAAUAGGUCGCGUGGACAAAUGUGCCUCUUAAAAUAAUUGAGAAAAAAAGAAUUUCUUGUAUAUCGUAUCUGCGUACGUACGUCGCUUAUGUAUUUAUGUAUGUGUAUAUAGCGUUUCCUUUCUAGAUAUUUUCUAAAAUUAAAAAAACAAUUGACAGAGUUGUA